UGGUGCACUGUGUCCCUCAGACACAACAGAUCACCGAUCCAUGGAAAGAGCCGAAGAUGUCAGCUCGGUCAUGUAAUCAGCUGUGUCCAAUCACAGCUGAUCACAUCAGUGCCACCUGUCAGUGUCCAUCAGUGCCAGCUCUCAGUGCUUAUCCAUGCCACCUGCCAGUGCCCAUCAGUGCCACAUAUCAGUGCCCAUCUGAGCUCCCUUUCAGUGCCACCUAUCAAUGCCAGUCAGUGUCACCUAUCAGUGCUGCCAAUCAGUGCCGCAUAUCAGUGCCACCUAUCAGUGUGCAUCAGUGCCACCUAUCAGUGCCUGUCAGUGCUGCCUAUCAGUGCCACCUAACAGUGCCACCUAACAGUGUCAAUCAGUGCCAUAUAUGAGUGCUGCCUUUCAGUGCCCAUCAGUGAUGCCUGUCAAUGCCCAUCAGUGCCACCUACCAGUGCCUCCUCAUUAGUG